AUGGCUUCGGACAGUGAGGAAGAGAACAACAGGCCUCAGACCCCUAUCUAUUAUGUCGUCUGUCCCGAUUGUGGUCGUCCGCCCUUUUUCUGUGCUGAUUGUGGCAAAGAGAUCGAAUUUCGUAUGAGGUUCAUGGAGGUUAUCGUGCUCCUACUUUGGAAGGUCUUCAGACUUCGAGAGGAAGCCAACUUGCGACAGGCCAUGUCUUCGACGAUGCUGGGCACGACGGAAUCUCCAGAGCAGCCACAGCGAUCCAACCAAGUCCAGCAGCAGUCGAACCUGCUCGAUCAAGCCCAAGAGCCUCCGGUCGACACACAGGCCGGCAAUCCACAGGGCCAACCUCAACUUCCCUUGUCCUUGGAGGUGUCCAACCCAACCCACCACCCUCCUGUCUCGCCACAGCCGGAAGCCUCCUCUGCCUCUGAAGAGUUAGCCAUGACCCAGUACCGCUACGCCCGGCCGGAUUGGCAACCGGAACGAAUCUUCGCAGACCAGGAUGGAUCCUCCAGCCAAGUCGGUGCCGCAGACCCAGGCAAUGACCCCAACACUCAGACAGGCGACGAGUCUGCCUCCAUCCCACACGAGCAGGCUGAUCCGUCAUCCGUGCUGUCUGGCAGCAUCGAUGAUGACUACGACAGCGAGUGGUACGCCACGGACGGCAGUGAGCCCGGAAGCCGGGAGCUCAGCGACGAAGACCUUGAAGCCAUCAAGAAAGUCAAGGUUCGUGAGCACUUGACGUGGUGGUGGCUAGAGGAUGAUUGCUAG